GAUACAUAGAUUAAUGGAGAUAAGGCAAACAUCUCAAAUAACCAAGUAAGAACAACAGCAAUCUCUGAUUCUCUUGCAUGCAUUCGUAUACAUAUCUUGAAUCUUAUAUAGUUAAAUUUGGGUUUGGAUUUGAAUAUGGCCGAUAUGCAAAUCGUUCCCGCCUGCAAAAACGUAGAGGCGCAGUAUGUGGAGAUGAUGGUUCCUCUCUAUUCUCAUGGAUGUGAGAAGAAAAUAGAGAAGACCCUCUCCCAUCUCAAAGGGAUAUACUCAGUGAAGGUGGAUUAUAACGAACAAAAGGUGACGGUAUGGGGAAUAUGCAACAAAUACGAUGUGCUUGCAACUGUAAGGAGCAAGAGAAAACAUGCAUGUUUUUGGAACUCUGAAGACAACAUUGCCUUAGAAGAUCAAUCACCAGAACCACUGUCAGUGACAACACCACCACCUUCCUCUCCUCCUCCUCCCAUUACUACUCUUUCAAGUUUUAAAUACACAAAGCCUUCUUUGGCUCUGAUUAGGGUUCGAUCUUUGAGUUGGAAAGCAUGGACUCCAUGGAAAAAAGUCUUUAAUUGGUCCUAUUCAUUACCCUCAAGGCUGAAGCUCAACGUGAAUUGAUUAUAUGUAACGAUCGAUAAGAAAAUGUGAAAGAAGAGAUUGCUUGCUGCUUUCCUCUUGUUGCAAUUUGGAUUCGAUAACUAAUGAGUACUUUAAUUGAGUGCAAAUUUAAUCAUCUGUCGAUAGAAGUUGAUAUUGUUUAGUUAAUGUUAAAACUUA